CUGGAACAAAGCUUUUGAUUGGAUGAAAGUUUAUUUGUGAAUGAAAUCCAGGGAUUGAUGGGAAUUACUGAAAAUUCUGAACUUAUAUAUUGUCCAUUUAGGAGUAAUCUGCAAAAGAGGUUCACUAAACACUAUAAUUUCGCGGUUAAAGUGCCCGGCCCGCGGUUUAUAUGUAUGUAUAUAAAAACAAGCCGCUAAAUUGUUAAACCUUGCAAAAUUUGGGGGUAUCACAAUUCCGAUGGAGGACGAGAGCAGGAGGCGAGAGAUCUGGGCCUACGAACCUUCCAGAGACGGAGGGAUAUCUCCAGCAGCGAGGAUUCGACCGAUUUUCUCCACUUCAUCCUCAUCCUCGUCGUUCCCAACGCCUAAUGUUAUCCUUACCGAAGAGUUCGGAUACGCGAAGAAAGCCGCCGCCGCUGCCGAGGCAGCCGGGUCUGAGUUCGUCGCCGCUAUGAAUGAGCAAGUUCGGGAAUCGUCGGAGCUGAUUGAGCCCGAAUCAGAAGAAGAGGAGAGUUAUUUAGCACUGCAGGAGUGGGAUCCGGAUCAAUGGAAGAAGUACCCAGUGACGAAGCCUGGAAAUCAAUAUUGGGGAUGCAAAAUUUUUAUAAAACUACUAAUAAUAUUAGAGAAUCAAUGUACGAGAUGCGAAAAAUUAUUCAACAUAUAAUUUUUAUUGAAAAUUCAGAAUAUUUUUUUUAAGUACAAAAAAUUAAGAAGGUGC